CCUCUGCGGCGCCGGAGCGGUGCCUCGGCCGGCGGGGGAAGGUGACCCGGCAGCGCCAUGGGGCUUCACUUCGGGAACCUGGCGCGGGUCCGGCACAUCAUCACCUACAGCCUGUCCCCGUUCGAGCAGCGCGCCUUCCCCAACGUCUUCUCGCACGGGGUGCCCAACGUGUGGCGCCGGUUCAGCUCCCAGGUCUUCAAGGUGGUGCCCCCCUUCGUGGCAGCCUAUCUCCUGUAUUCCUGGGGAACCCAAGAGUUUGAGAGGCUGAAGAGGAAGAACCCCGCUGACUAUGAAAACGACCAGUGAUUCAGUGAACACGGAUGUCCUUCUCUCGCUGUGUUAUCACUUUGGGGUUGUUAAGCGUCUCCACAUGACCAGAAGGGUAUUAAGGAGGAGAUAAGUCUUGUCUAAUAAACUUUGCCCUGUGA